GUGUUCAUUAUCUUACAUUAUGGCUCGUACUAAGCAGACUGCUAGAAAGUCGACCGGGGGUAAGGCUCCGCGAAAACAAUUAGCCACCAAAGCUGCACGUAAAAGUGCUCCAGCCACAGGCGGUGUGAAGAAACCUCACCGUUACCGUCCGGGAACCGUUGCUUUACGUGAGAUACGACGUUAUCAGAAGAGUACCGAGUUGCUGAUCCGUAAAUUGCCCUUCCAGAGGUUGGUACGUGAGAUCGCUCAGGAUUUCAAAACUGAUCUCAGAUUUCAAAGUUCCGCCGUAAUGGCACUUCAAGAAGCUAGCGAAGCUUAUUUGGUUGGACUCUUCGAGGAUACCAACUUGUGUGCGAUCCACGCCAAAAGAGUAACUAUCAUGCCGAAGGACAUUCAACUUGCUAGACGUAUCAGGGGGUGA